UUUUUGACAAGUGUUUCCAAAAUUGUCAAUUUGAUAACUCUCAUUUAUACUCAGUUAAUUUCAAAAUUCAUAAUGGGUGAUCCUAAUGGACCAAAAAUAGAAACCAUACCCCAAGAUGCAAGAUACCACAACUGUAAUGCUACCAAAUGGUGUUUUGCAACUUUUGUCGAUUAUCAUAAGUGCAAAAGACUGUUAGGAGAUGGCAAUACUUCUUGUAAUCAAUUAUCCAAAAUUUACAAAGUCAUUUGCCCCAAUGAGUGGAUAAAAAGAUGGGAAGAACAAAUGGAAGUAGGAACGUUUCCUGUCGACUUACCUCCCAAAGAGAAUGAUUGCACACAAAUCAAGAGAAGAUAGCCAUGUCCUUUGUGAAACAUACUCAAAAUACUUACUUUUCUUUCAAAAUGAGUGUAUAUAAAUGAAGAAAAGAUAACCUUGUCUCUUAUGAGGAAUAAAAAUCUUGUCAGAAUUGUGAGAUAUCAAGAGUUUUAUUUACAGACAUUAGAUAUCUAUAGUACAUACAGUACACAGUGGUGUAUUUAUUUCUAAGGUCUCAUAUAUUACAAUAUUUUUAGAAAUCAUUAGGCAGUUUUCAAAUUUGUUCUCAUUCCACCAGACCAAAGCUGACAAAUUCUUAUUUAUAACUGAUGGAUCAUAAUAUCAAGAUAUUUUCACUAUUUUGAAGAAACUAUCCUGACUUCAUCAGUUUCAAAUGACAACCACAUGUAUAUAUAUCCAUUUUUCAUUUUAUGAUUAUUCCAAAAGGCUUUUAUAAAAAUGAAUCAAACAUAUUUGCUGAAAUAUUUUGUAUCAGUAGGUGACAACCACCUAUUGCAUCCACCCAUAUUAUUUUGAAUCAAGUAUUUCAAAGUAUAGGGGUUUUGAUUAUUCUCUUCUUCCCACUUUUCCUUCCUCUUCAUCUCAUCCAGGAUUUCCUGAGAAACCGCCAUGGCCUUGAAAGGCAGUUUAUUAGCGAUAUCCGUGAGGAAUUUUUCUAUUUCUUUGAAUUCGGCUCUUCCCCCCACUUCAAGGAUUAUUCGACCUA